AGAGGGCGCACUUUUCUUAGCUUCCGGUUUCUUCUGGGCCAGAAAAAUUAUGAAGAUAAAUAAUAAUGUCAACGAGAAAAUCAAACUAUGAUAGCACACUCAAGUGUUCUUCUUUUGUUUGUACUUUGGGCACACUUACAUCAAGUGUCCAACCUGAGUUACCCGGUCAUCCAUCCCAGUCAGAGCAUCGAAGUAGAGGAAGGGCAGACUCUGGAGGUGAGGUGCAGCAUUAGCAGUACUGAGGGACUGCCUAAAGCCUUGUAUUGGCAGGGUGUGUGGAAGUCCAAGGAAGAAAUUCACCAGCAGUGGGCAGACAACUUCACCAGGACGCUGGUCAUCAGGAAUAUCACGGGGAAAGAUGCGGGCAUCUACCAGUGUUUCUACAACAGCUCCACAGUACAGACCAAACGAGGACUCUCCAUACGAGUUAUAUCAAAGUUAGCCACAGGUGCUCGAUGCCUUAGUAAACAGUUUUUGUGUGAGACCAGUAAGGUCUGUAUAUCUAUGGAGCAUCGCUGCAACAGACAAGAAGAUUGUAUUGAUGGAUCAGAUGAAAGAAGUUGUCAGUAUGCCAAGUGUGAGGACAUGUUUAUUUGUCAGAACCGGCGCUGUAUCAACAAAACACUGGUCUGUGACAGCCAACACAUCAACCACUGUGGAGACUGGUCAGACGAGUAUUGUCUUAUCACAGAUGACCAGUACCCCAAAACAGAGUUGAUAAAUGCCACCACUAAGCAGCCCAGUGAUGAGACCCAGAUGUCCUGGCUGAAGACUACGGUGUACGCAGUGAUUGGAUGUACUGUAGGCACUGUUCUGUUGAUUUCAGUCAUUGUGAUCAUUGUGUUUAGGUUCCGGAUGAAGAGUUCACUUCGAAGCACAGAGCGAGCACUUCGACGAUAUCACAUGACGGUUAACAGUCGAUCACAACAGGAUGGUAAUCAGAAUGCCAUAGAAAUGGACCCUUUCUUGUCCUCAUCUGCUACGUAUGGAAACAUCAUCGUCAAUGUCAAUAAUGGUGUACAAUACAUCCCGAGAAGUGAAUUCUCCACUGUUGGUGUGCCACCAUCCUAUUCUGAUGUGGAAAGAGAGAUAACCAGGGAGCGAGGAUCUCCACCUCCAGUGUACAGUACAAUAGACAGAAACCCACCUCAAGAGGUGAUCAAUUUCAAUAACUACAUAAUACAGGACUCCUCUAUCUCCAUAGCCACUGCAUGUGCCCCUUGCUUGCCGUCAUUAUCUCGUGAUUCUUCCAUUUUAUCAGAAUCGGAACUGUGUGUUCCACAGACAAUACCCAUGUCUAGUACAUGUACUGUGUCUGUUCAGACUUGUUGUGAUGAUCCUGAAGCUGGUCGGAGACGGAGGUUGUCCCAGUCCUGUCAGUGCCAGUCUAUAACUGUACAGAAUGGAGCCAUUUUAUUGGCAGCAGAGUCCAAUGUAGCUCCGUCAGAACCUUCACAAUGCAGUCUGCCAGAAUCUUGUCAUGUAGAAUGUGUAUCCUGUCCGCGGGUGUGUCAGUUAAACGUUCAGGACGGUGCUAUUGUGUUGACUGGUCAGAAUGUCAGCGGUGGCUCGGCAUGUGAAACUUGUGUGGGAAGCCGAGCAGAUGAAAAUCUCAGGGGGGAGAGUAGGAGCAAUGCCAGCAGUGGCCGGUGUUGUAGCUCUCCAGAAUCCAGCCCCUCCCACAUCCAAGUGGAGGGUGGGCAGAUUGUGCUGAGAGGAAACAAACUGCCGACAAUUAAUGCCAUGUCAUCACAACAGACUGAAGGAACUAGUGGUUCAGAGCCACAUCCUAGUGUUUCAGACUCCCAAGUCGAUCCUAAUUAAUGUAUUGUAACAAAGUUGUUAGGCAUGUCUUUUAAAAGAUAGUACAAAAUAUGUAUUGUUUUACUUAAAUUUUCUGUAUGUCUCGAUACAGAAGUAAGUUUGAAAGUGUUCAUUUGGAAACGUUGAGAUGUCUUGCAAUAUGAUUCAAAUCUCAUAAGAUAAAGUUGUGAUAAUUUCAGAGUGAAAUACAUUGUGUACAAAGAGUGACCUAUUACAAAGAGGAGGUUGUGAGUAACAUUGACAUUUGUUGUAUUGUUAGCAAUAUAAUCCUGUUAUUUGAUUUAAUUCACCUUAUACAUGUUAUACAAUGUGUGUAUUGACUUCUACAAUGUCCUGCAGUGAUUGUAGAUAUUAGGGUUGUUUGUGAUGAACAAAUAGAUACCAAGACGUGUGUGAAAGAGAUCAUGUCUGCCGUAUAUCUAUAGUUAUUAUUAUUUGUUGACAUUAUAAUGCAAAUAUUUGUUAUCUUGUAUGGUUGUUAUGUCCUAAGAUUUAGCCAGUAUUUUUAGUGCCAAACUGUAUACAUACAAAUGUACCACAGGUAGUUUUAUCAUGGAUUCUCAUACAAUUGAAUAAUGUGUAAAAAUAAUUAUCAAUGAUUAAUCAAUCACCAUUUUGAUUAAUGCUAUUGGUUGAAAACAGAGGUCUAUUAUGUUCGGAUGAGUCUGAAUUUUAAAAAGGUCAAGCAUUUUUUUUUUUAGAGCCAGUGUAUAUACAUGACAUUUUAUUUUUGUUAAUUUUUAUGAACAUGAAUCUUCAGGAAUGAAAGAGUUUUGUUUUCAUUGCCAUUUAGUAAUGCAAAUUAGUAUAUCUCCAUGUUGUUUUUAUAUGCAGGUAUUUUUGUUAAAAAAGAUUUUUUUUUUAAAUGGUUUGUGCCAACAUGGGCAAGUCACCCUCCAGAAAACCUACAUUUAGUCUGAUAGUGGUGUAAAGUCUUCUACUGUAGAAGUUUUUUUUCACAGUGGGGUCCAAAUUCUUACAUAGACAUAUGUGUAUGUGUGCAUUUAGAACAUUUUUUGAAAACCUUCUUUAAGAUUAGACCAACAAGCUUUAAGUUUAUGAUUUAGCAUCCAUCCUUUGAUUGAUAGGCAGAUUCAGGUUUGGUCAGCAACAGGCCUCAGCAAAGGGGUGCAUUGUUUCCUUGUGAGAUGAAUGUCUUUUAUUUGGAGAAUGUAAUUUGUGCAGGCUGUAGAUACUGGUGGUAGAAGAAGAUUCUGAUCUGUGUUUGUCUCAUUGAUGAAUUGUUGCAGUAAAUCUGUGACAGAACUUUUACUCCCAGUUAUAACAUAAUUUUGUUAAUGUCAAAUGUUUUCACCACCCCUGAAUUUCUCUCUGACAGAUAAGUUUGUGUAAAAAUAUAAGUUUAUAUCUACUAUUUUACUGUGGUCCAAAAUUUAUUUUAAAGUAGGUCAAUAAUAUUCUAUAUCACUUGAUUAUCUCAUGUACUGAACAAUUUUAUUGUACCUGAAUGCUCGUGUGAGCUUCUCUGAUCUAAAGUUGAGUUAUGUUUGUCGUAUAUACCCACGUGGCCCUGUAAUUGGCCUUUGGGACAGAUGUGACCUUGAACUGGCCUUGGGACCAAAAUUUAAACUAAAGUUGAAUCUAAAGAUUCUAAACUACAUCAGGAGGUGAUUGUGGAAGAGUUUUUAAUGCUUCUGACUUAGUGGAUCUUAAGAAGAGUACUCAUGAAAAUGAUCUCAUCUUGUUUUGAUUUUUCUUGAUUAUCCAUUAUAGGCAAGUUGUUUGGCUCUUGAUAUGAACAAACAGGAAUCUUAUUGUCUAAGGAUGGCAAGUGUAACAGGUUGAAAUUCACCCACUCAUUUCGGAAGAAGUUGAUAUUGUGAAAAGAUAAUAGAUUAUACAGUAUAUUAAGUUACCUUGGUAUACAUGUUUUAAAAUUUGUGAAAGAUGUUUGAAUCAAGUUGAAAACAACAAAGAAGCAUUUUCAUGUAUAGUAGAUUCAAAUUUGUUCAAACCAUUUUCCUCCUUAGAUCAGGGUCCAGGCUUGCUAUAGGGUUGCAGGGUUGUUUUUUACUUUGGAAAAUAUAGCUAAGAUCUUCUCAUACUCCACAGUACGGAGUCUUAACUUUCCUGAUGUUUGUGUACACUCAAACAUCUGGACAAUAUUUCAUAGAAAAUACUUUCCCUUUAGGUGGAGCUAAAGUGGUAAACCCAAAAUAUGGGGAUGCUAUAGACAGAAUAGUAUGCAAUAAAUAAUUGUAUGUUCCUUGUACGAAAUCUAAACAAUGAUGUUGGAGAUGAGUGCAAAUAUUCAUUUUAAACCAGGAUUGUUCCUGCCUUACAUUCAAGUUGCAUGACAGUAACAAUUUACUGGAAAGAGUCCAAACACAUCUUUUCUGAAGGAAAGAUGUAUUAGACACUGAAUCUGUUUUUCUUUCAGUGGGUGCAGGCAUUACCCUUUUUGACCUAACCAAUCAUUGUUUUUAUCAGAAACUCAAUCAGUCUUGCUUUGAGUUCAUAAAAAAUAUUCGACUGUCCAGAUGUUUGUUGGAAGUAUACACAAACGGUGAGAUGAAAUAGACUAACAGAACUGCAAUUUACCAAAAUAAUUUUAUGCAAGCAUCUAUAUCAAUUUGUAGACUAAAGAAUCAUGACCCCCUUAUCCAAAGUUGGUCCACACAAUAGAUCUAGGAAUAUAGAGUAGGUCCACAUAAUACAUCUAGGAAUAUAGAGUGGGUCCACACAAUAGAUCUAGGAAUAUAGAGUGGGUCCACACAAUACAUCUUGGAAUAUAGAGUGGGUCCACACAAUACAUCUUGGAAUAUAGAGUGGAAUAUGUAAUGGAUCCACACUAUAGGUCUAGGAAUAUAGAGUUGGUCUGCCCAAUAGAUCUAGGAAUAUGAAAUGGGUCCACACAAUACAUCUAGGAAUAUAAAGUGGGUCCACACAAUGCAUCUAGGAAUAUAAAAUGGGUCCACACAAUAGAUCUAGGAAUAUAAAAUGGGUCCACACAAUAGAUCUAGGAAUAUAAAGUUGGACCAUACAAUACAUCUAGCAAUUUUCUGAACAAAAGGAAUAUUUUGGCAUCUUUUCUCUAAAUGAUAAUGCAUAAAGGCAGCCAUCUUGAGAAAAUGUGACAUACUAAUGUGGAGAUACUGUUAGGGCUCUAACACGUCAUGACUGUAUUCAGAGCAAAAUGACGGGUGAGUGAUGUAGCCCUUUGGCCUUUUGUUGUAUUGGUAUUUGGUAAUUUUUUGAAAAUGUCAUUGAUGUCUACCUCAUUGAGUUUUGAUGUAUUCAGCUGUAUCUGUAAUCAGAUUUCCAUGCUUUAUAUGGAAAUCUGUCUUAUUUCUUAAAAAAAUGUUUAUUUUUCAUCAGACUGUGAAAAAAUUACAAAUAAGCUCUGCAUAUAAAUUACUGUUAGGAUGACCAUAUCAUGCCUAGUAAUUUAUGUUAAGGGAGGUUGAAGGUAUAAAUUGUUAAUUUUGGAAUUUACUAUAAUUGAGUACUUCCAAUAUUGUUUUCCAAUAAUAUUUAGAGAUUGUAUUUCCCACAUGCUCCUGUUUUUUGCUAAUACAUGUAUUAAAAAAGCAAUUGAAUUUAUUCAGUUAUAUUACAUGUACAGGGUACCAAAUUUUUUUCAUAAAAUUUUCAUAAACGUAAUUUUAGAAUUUAGCAUAAUAGAUAAGAAUGAAUAAUAAUAACAGUGAUUUAUAAGAUUUCUUAUUCUGAGUGGAAACCCCCCCCCCCCCCCCCCCCCCACCACCACCAAAUUACGUCAAAAUUUUGUUUAUUAAAGACACUUUGUUUUAAUUUGAAAAUAAUGUAAAAAGAUCACUGUGUAUUCUUAUCCAUCUUCUGUAUGUACUGAGACACAAAACUGAAAACCCGAGACCUCCCUUAAGGUAGCUAGUGUCAUCUGGAUUUACUCUCACAUGUAAUCUAGCUGUUUUACAAAACAUUUGUAGUACAUGUAUAGUUUGGGGUACACUUUAGUGUAGAUGAGCAAUUGUGUAAUGGGUGCUGUUCUUCAUUGUUUAUGAAACAAAUGUGAACCAUGAUGUGUUUAAACUGUAAGCAAACAGAAUAGAUUUAACUAAACCUUUUUGCAAGGCAUGGUUUGUUUUACAUAUUUUAAGAUUUAUAACUUGUAAAAUUUCAAAUAAUGUCACAUGCAUAUUAGAUUUGACUUUUUGUUAUGGAUUUUAGGGCAUUUCUUUAAGAUGUCUACACAAUAUUUAGUAAAAGAAAAUUAAAACA